AACACUAUUCUUAGAAGCGGGAAGGUACCACUAUUAUUAUUAUUCUUUAUUCCUCCGGCUGUGCGCAGCCUAAUGCUGCGCGUAGCCUCUUUGCUGAGCUUGCUGGGUUAUCUAAUUACCUUCUCUUCCCCUUGCUAUUUCUCGUGUUCCAAGCGCCCUGUGGCUAUAACGAACUGUAUCACUAUCUUAGCCACUUCCAUGUUUGGUUUCCAACCUUUUUCAUGCUCGAUGUCUGGCCCUACAGAUCCUUUUUGUGUCGAUCGGCCUACUAGGGCAUAAGAUAGUUCCCCGUAUCGAUUGCCCAUCGCUCUUCUUAGGUCCCUCCGGUGUGAUUCCCAUAAUCUUAACUCCAGUUGGCUGAGCCCCUGGAGAACACACACGAUAGAUUCUCUGGGUAAUCUACCACGCGUCGGUAGGUGGGCUCGGAGACAAGCCACAUGCAAACGUCGUCUCGGUAGUACACAGAAGUACGCCAGCGAAUUCCGCUACAUCUUCAAUGUACAACGUCGCCUUCGGCCGACGUCCAAGGGGAAGUCCCUUAUGGACAGAGAAGCACAGAGAAGAACAAGUAAAAACAGUCGAGCGAUAACAAACUGUUACGAUCUCUCGUGAUUAGAAAGAUCAAGCAGUGCCACUCGAUGAGUGUGGGUAGUUGAGUAAAUCGCCGGGGGAGCGAGAGAAAAAGAAGCAAUGAGAUGCCAUGGUGGUUACGGCUCCUAUAGAAUCGCAGCGAACACUGCGGUCGCUUGGGGAGCCGAUGUUAGCUGCCCUCGAAGACAUGAAGUGUGGUUGAGCGACAGAGGAGCCCUGCGGCGGCACCAUCAUGGGUAACGAUCAAAGAAAUGAAGGAACGGGCGGAGACCAACGCGAGAUGGGUGUGGAGGUAGAGACAGUUGGCCGUGGGACUAAGCGGACGUCGCG